UUUUUUUCUGUUUUUGUGGUUAAUAAUGCUCUGUUUUGGAUCUCUAUAUAUAUAUAUAUUAUUUGUUUUUGUCCUAAUAAUCUGUGCUGUUGUUCUUCGUUUUUCCUUUCAAUAGUGCUGUGUUUUGGAUCUCUAUAAAUGUUUGGCUUGUAAACCCUUUUGUUUUUAUUUUCUUAUUUUUUUUAUAUUUCUUGUGCUUUGAGUGUUAAAAAUAUUUCACUAUUUUAAUUUUAUUGUUUAAAAAUCUUAAGUAAUCCUCAACUCUUUUUUCAUUCUCGCGGUCUUCCCCAGCCGAUCGUAAAGGAAGCAGUCAAGCAGAGUCCAUAGCUUUAAAUUUUUUUUUUCUUUUUUUUGGGGGGGGGGGGUUAACACGUGCUGCAUGUGAUAUGAGUUGCAUUAUUGAACUUGUUUGGAUUUUUUUCCACCGUACAUGUAAAUAGAGGUUUUUGUAUUGUGUACAAAUUUAUAGUUUAUUCAGAAGAUGAAAUGCCACACAUGAUUGUAUCUCUGGCUCUUUGAACUUCAUCCAUGGGUAUAUUCGACGCUUGUGAUACUGUGUACUGUCAUGGCCGGAGGUACUGUAGCAAGUUGAAGUUUUCUCUUAUUAAGAUAAACAGCUCAUGUCAUCUCUACUGAUAUAUAUGGUGAAUAACCUGAUUGGAUUUUAAAAAUGAAGAUUAAUAUCCACUAAUAUAUAAUUAUGUUAGCAAAAAAGGUCUGACCUGACCUCACCUAAGAUUUAAUAACGAAAAAUGAACCAAAUAAUCUUUCACGAUAUUACCCAAAAUUAGUUUACAAUGCCCAUGUGUGCAGAUAUAUAGUGAUACAGAAUAAUCUAAAAAUCAAUGUGAAUACACUUGGUUUUGCCAAAAUAACCACUGAAUUGGAGCCAGAUAUAGGGCCAUGACAUUUUCCUUUUCAGGCAUGUGAAUACUCUUGGUUUUCCUGAAAACAUUGUACUUUUUGUUCGGUGAGCCAAAUGUACGGCCUUUUGUUAUCCGGGAAUGGGGGUUUGUGAUGGUCAGAAUCAGAAUUGAAUGAAAUGGAAAAAAAAAAAAUGAUCGUGAGUUGAGUUGGAUAAAAGAUUUAUGUAGGUUUUAGUUGUGUGUGUGUGUGUGUGUGUGUAAUAUGUAUAAUAUAUGUAUAAAUUGUAAUAACCAUUGCCUCUUCAUACAAUGAAAUCCUUUGAGCAGCGAAUGGAUAUUGAUGCUGUGUAAAUAGAUUGAUUUUAAUAUUACUAUUUUUACUUAAGAGUUUUAUAUUUCAUGUCUAUGAGGAUUUAGUUAGUGAGCUCAACUUACAAUGUAUGUUUUUCAAGGUUUGCAAUUGCGAUAUCAGCCUUAUAGAUUUAAUGUAUACCUGCUAAUGCCCAGCAUCCAAAGGCCCAUUCUAACAUAUCAUUCCAAAGUUGCUGAUCGUGGGUCUGUUGUUUCUGAAAAUUAAAGCUCGUGUCUCUCUUCCACAAGUUAAAUGCUUUUAUUACUUCCUCUGAUCCUAAACACGAAUAAUCAUUGCUGAGAAGUUGACAUUGGGAUAUCAUCUUUUGGCAUUUCCUUUUAUAAUCUCAUUCUCCCAUGCACUUACAGAUAGACCUAGUUAAGAAGCUUUUGGAGCAUGAUAAUGGCUUCAACUGUUCUCCAAUUAACCCCACUUUCUUAUCCGAAACCCAUCAUAGGCAUACGACAAAAUAGCGAACCCUCCCUCCUAGCUUUUCACGACUUGCUCUCUCUCAUACCCAGAUGUGCCUCUCUUAGAGAGCUUAAGCAGAUCCAUGGAUAUGCCAUCAAAACCCACGUCAAAGAUGACAUAUCAGUACUUACUAAACUCAUUAAUUUCUGCACUUCCAACCCAACCAUUUCCUCUAUGGAAUAUGCCCACAAGAUGUUUGAUGAAAUUCCCAAUCCAGAUAUCGUCUUGUUCAACACUAUGGCUCGUGGCUAUGCUCGCUUGGAAAACUCACUUCAAGCAAUGGUGCUUUUAGCUCAACUGUUAUGCUUUGGCUUGCUUCCAGAUGAUUAUACUUUCUCGACCCUUCUAAAGGCAUGCUCUAGAUUUAAAGCCUUGGAAGAAGGAAAACAAGUGCACUGCCUAGCUUUGAAACUUGGGGUCAUUGAUAAUGUAUACGUACACCCAACACUUAUACAUAUGUAUACUAUGUGUAAUGACAUAGAUUCUGCUAGGCGAGUGUUUGAUAAGAUUUCUGAACCGUGUGUUGUUACAUAUAAUGCACUCAUCACAAGUUAUGCUCGAAAGAGUCAACCCAAUGAGGCAUUGGCUUUGUUUAGAGAAUUACAAGAGAGGGAUCUCAAGCCAACUGAUGUCACCAUGCUUGUUGUCCUCUCAUCAUGCGCGUUGUUGGGAGCAUUAGGCUUGGGAAAGUGGAUACACGAAUAUGUUAAGAAAAAUGGAUUUGUUCAAUAUGUCAAAGUAAAUACUGCACUUAUAGAUAUGUAUGCAAAAUGUGGGAGUCUCGAUGAUGCAGUUUCUGUGUUUGAGAAUAUGCAUGUGAGAGACACUCAGGCUUGGUCAGCCAUGAUUUUGGCCUAUGCCGCUCAUGGCCAUGGUUUCAAAGCCUUGUCAAUGUUGGAAGAAAUGAACAAGGCAAAAGUGUGGCCUGAUGAAAUAACAUUUUUGGGUAUAUUGUAUGCUUGCACUCACAAUGGAUUGGUAGAGAAAGGUUAUGAAUACUUCAGUAGUAUGAUUCAUAAAUAUGGGAUUGUUCCCAGCAUAAAGCAUUAUGGAUGUAUGGUUGAUUUGUUAGGUCGAGCUGGACGCUUGGAUGAUGCCUAUAAAUUCAUAGAUGAAUUGCCCAUUAAGCCCACUCCAAUCCUCUGGCGGACAUUGCUGUCUGCUUGUGGCAGUCAUGGGAAUGUUGAAUUGGGAAAGCAAGUAAUUCAGAGAAUCUUUGAACUUGAUGACACUCAUGGUGGGGAUUAUGUGAUUUUGUCAAAUUUGUGUGCAAGAUCUGGAAAAUGGGAGGACGUGAAUUUCUUGAGGAAAAUGAUGAAAGAUAGAGGUGCAGUGAAGGUUCCUGGUUGUAGUUCUAUAGAGGUCAACAAUGUUGUUCAUGAAUUCUUUUCUGGGGAUGGAGUUAAUUCCACUUCUACUGCUCUGCACCAUGCACUUGAUGAGCUAGUAAAAGAACUGAAGCUAGCUGGGUACGUACCUGAUACUUCUCUCGUCUUUCAUGCAAACAUCGGAGAUGAAGAGAAAGAAGUUGUUCUUAGAUAUCACAGUGAGAAAUUGGCCAUUGCUUUUGGGCUUUUGAGUACCCCACCUGGGACAACAAUUCGUGUGGUCAAGAAUCUUCGAGUCUGUGGUGAUUGCCACAACGCUGCGAAAUUUAUAUCAUUGAUCUUUGGUAGGCAAAUUAUUCUAAGAGAUGUGCAGAGAUUUCAUCAUUUCAAAGGCGGGAAGUGCUCGUGUGGUGAUUACUGGUAGUGGUUUCUCUAAGCCAAUAAGUGGUACGACAUAAGACGAAGAUUGGGGUGUACUUUUUGAGGUAUAAAAGGUCUAGGUGAGUUAGGAUUUAAGGGCACACCAGGGUCAAAGACAAGACAGAUCAAAGAAUGCUUAUGAUUAUCUACCAAUAAAAUGUUGACUUUAGUAGCAGGAUAUUAACUCACGUGCUUAUGAGAUAUGAGCCACAUCAUUGAUAAUUAAACCAAUGGCCAACAUGAUUUUCUUGUUGGUAUGCAUAAUGGGACCCUUGAAGAAGAAAGCUUGGCUUCCUGUUUCACAUAUUGGGAAGGAAUCAUUAUUGUGAUUCACCCGUGGGGACUGAGUAAAAUAGAGUUUGUAAACUCAGGACAAGGAGGUAUAAUUGUUGUAUACCACGAAACAAAUUCAUGGCCAUGUAUAUAAUUGAUUUGUGUUGCCAGCACUCUUCAUGUCUAUUUAUGACAGCAACAAGUGUGUUUUUCACUAAAAUAUUCUAUGAUUAAAUUAGUGAGAGGUGGGAUUCCAUUUAUGUAGAA